GUUGACAUUGCGUUGACAGCUGAUUACGAAGUUUGGAUCGGCCCGCUCGCGUUUGACCUCUCUUGAUAAAUUCACUUUAUUUACGUUAACAACUAAGAACAACGCUUUUUGAUAACCCGCCCGUGUGCCUAGAAACUUCUUUCAUUCAUUAAAAAUGCCUGGUGUGGUUGUGGUGAACACAAAUCCUUACGAAGGUCAGAAGCCGGGUACCAGCGGACUUCGUAAGAAAGUUAAAGUUUUUCUGCAAGAAAACUAUACGGAGAACUUUAUCCAGAGUAUUCUGGACGCUAAUAAGGAUGCUAUAAAGGGGUCGACGCUGGUGGUGGGCGGCGACGGACGAUAUUUGGUGAAAGAGGUGGUGGAUAAAAUCAUCAAGAUUUCAGCCGCAAAUGGGGUAGCCAAACUAUUGGUGGGACAGAACGGAAUCCUCUCCACCCCAGCAGUAUCCUGCAUCAUCAGAAAAUACAAAACUCUUGGUGGCAUAGUCCUAACCGCAUCCCACAACCCUGGUGGUAUCAACAAUGACUUCGGCAUUAAGUUUAACUGCAGCAAUGGAGGACCGGCCCCGGACCACACCACCAAUGACAUCUACGCACUCACCACCGCUAUCAAGGAGUACAGGAUCGUGCCAGACCUGGUGUGCCCGAUUGAUAAAAUUGGAGUGUACACUUUCACGGUGGAAGACCGCCAGUUCUCAGUGGAGGUCAUAGACUCGGUGUCGGAUUACGUGGCGUACAUGAAAGAGAUCUUCGACUUCCCCAAGAUCAAGACCCUCAUCCAGGGCUCCGAGCAACGCAAGCCGUUCAAUGUUCUCAUUGAUUCUAUGAACGGAGUAACGGGACCAUACGUAAAGAAGAUCUUCCUAGAAGAACUGGGAGCGUCGCAGAAGAACGUCACCCGCAUCACGCCACUAGAAGACUUCGGGGGUGCGCACCCCGACCCGAACCUCACUUACGCGGCAGAUCUGGUGACCGCCGUCAAGAACGGAGACUAUGACUUCGGUGCGGCUUUCGAUGGCGACGGUGAUCGCAACAUGAUAAUCGGUCGCGACGCGUUCUUCGUGACUCCCUCCGACUCGCUGGCGGUGCUGGCGAACCACCUGGAGCACAUACCGUACUUCCAGAGGAGCGGAGUGCGCGGCUACGCCCGUAGCAUGCCCACCGCGGCCGCCGUCGACAGAGUAGCACAGAAGAGCGGCAAGGAGAUCUUCGAAGUUCCUACUGGUUGGAAAUACUUCGGUAACCUGAUGGACGCUGGACGGCUGUCCCUGUGUGGCGAGGAGAGUUUCGGCACGGGGUCGGACCACGUGCGUGAGAAGGACGGGCUGUGGGCCGCACUGGCCUGGCUGUCCGUCCUAGCCGCUACUGGGGACUCCGUGGAGGACAUGCUCAACAAGCACUGGAAGGAGUUCGGCAGGAACUACUUCACCAGAUACGACUACGAGGAAUGCGCCAGCGACCCGUGCAACGAGAUGAUGCAGGCGUUGGAGAAGACCAUGACGGCGCCCGGCUUCGUGGGGUCGGCGCACGCCAGCGGCGGGAAGACCUACGUCGUGAAGCUGGCGGACAACUUCUCGUACAUGGACCCCAUCGACCAGAGCGUCGCCAUGAAGCAGGGUCUCCGCAUCAUCUUCGAGGACGGCUCUCGUAUAGUGAUGCGGCUCAGCGGCACUGGCAGCUCUGGAGCCACCGUCAGACUGUACAUAGACUCGUACGAAGCUACAGACGUGUCGGGAGACGCACAGGUGAUGCUGAAGCCGCUGAUAGACGUCGCCCUGCAGCUGUCCCAGCUGCCCAAGUACACCGGCCGCGACGCGCCCACCGUCAUCACGUAGAUAACUUAUCGCAUACUGUUUAUCUGAAAUGAAAUUUAUACAUUGUUUUAAGUUUACGCGGUUAUUAUCAUAAUUAAAGCACAUAAUAACGGGUUCUUACCGCGUUUAAAUGGGGAUAUGAGACUCCCGAUAUUUCGACACUGUUGCAAGUGCCAUGAUCACGGGAUGACUGAUGAGAUUGGAGUGUCGAAAUAUCGGGAGUCUCAUAUCCCCAUUUAAACGCGGUAAGAACCCGUUAUUAUGUGCUUUAAUAAUGAAAUUUAUUAUGUGCAUGGUAUUUAGGUUACAAACAGCUGUUAUAUUUCAUUAGUAUCGCCAAGUACUACCUUUUCAGGCAAACACAGAUUAUUUUAAAACAAUGACAAAUAAUAAAAAAAAAAAAAUUAACAUCCUGUCGCCGUAACACGA